CCCCGGCCCCAACCUCCCCUGCGCUCUGCUGCGUCGCCCUCGCUUUCCCCAAGCAAAGAUGGAAGUCGUCAAUCAGCUUGUGGCAGUUGGACAGUUCCGGAUCUUCAAGGAGCCCUUGGGAUUUGUAAAGUUGCUAGAAUGGUUCUUUUCCAUUUUUGCAUUUGCGACGUGUGGCAGCUACACUGGACAAUUCCGCCUCAGCGUCAAUUGUCCCAAGAAAAAUGAGAGCAAACUCAAUAUAGAGGUGGAAUUCUCCUACCCCUUCCGGCUCCACCAGGUGUAUUUUGAUGCUCCCACCUGUAAAGGAGGCGAACAAGACAAGGUUUUCUUGAUUGGAGACUACUCUUCCUCUGCUGAAUUCUUUGUCACCAUUGCAGUCUUUGCCUUCCUUUAUUCUCUAGCCGCGAUUGUUGUCUACAUCUUCAUGCAGGAUAAGUACAGGGAGAACAACAAAGGUCCCAUGGUUGAUUUCGUUGUCACAGCUGUUUUUGUGUUCAUGUGGUUGGUGAGCUCUUGUGCUUGGGCCAAGGGGCUUUCAGAUGUCAAGGAGGCUACUGACCCUGAUAAUGUGAUAGAAGGCAUGUCUGUGUGUAAGGAACCAGAGGUCAAAUGCAAGGAGGAAUAUGAACCUGUCACUUCUGGCCUCAACACUUCUGUGGUUUUUGGCUUUCUGAACUUGGUGCUUUGGGUUGGAAACCUAUGGUUCGUCUUUAAAGAGACUGGAUGGAGUGCCCCCUUCAUGAAGUACCCACCAGCCCAGGAGAAGCAGCCAGCACCUGAUACCUAUGCAGAUAGCUACAACCAAGCUCCAGGAUAUGGACAACAGGACACAUAUGGGCAGCAGGGUGGCUACCAACCUGACUACAGCCAGCAAGGCUAUGGUCAGCAGGGAGACUUCGGCCAGCAAGGUGGUUAUGUCCAAGGCGGGCCCACUUCCUUUGCAAACCAGAUGUAGGCGGGUUCCUACCCCCAAAUAGAAGGCGUUGUGAGAAGGAAGCAGCCAUCCCGUCCUGGCUCCCCAUGUCCCUUGUGCGGGGGAAGGGAGGGCUGGUGGGUGCUCAUACUGGGAGGUGGCUGGUGGAGCCCUCCCAACCCCCCAGGAUGAAUGUAGAUGUUUGUGCUGUUUAUAUAUACAUAUAUAUUAUAUAUAUAUGAGAAACUAUAACUAGAGGUAGACCGCUCCCUCUCCCACUGCCCCAAUGCCUCAUGCAUAACACACUUCUCCACAUCAUUGCCCUCCCCAGGACAGUUUCUUGACCUUUGGCCUCUCCAGGCCUAUCUCCUACACUCUCCAGCCAAAAUGGAUUGUCAGAUCUCCUCCGGAAGUACCCUUUCUCUCGCCAUUCACUUUGAACCCCAUCCCAUGCUUUCUGUAUAGUGGAAGGCAUCCCAGGACUUCAGUUUUCCUUUGACCCUCAUCUGAUGCCAAGCUUUCCUCACUCUCUCCUCUGCAUGUCUCUAAAAUGGGCCGGAAGAUGGCUGGAAGGGGAUGAGGUGGAGGGCAAAUGGGUUGUUCUUUUGAGUGUGCAAAUGCCAGGCAGGUUUGGGGUUUAAGAGGUUUGGGGGUUCAAUCCUCUAGCAGCACUUUAAAGUUUUUUUUUUUAAACAUACCCUCCAUUCCUGACUUCACCCCAUUGAUCUAUGGGGUAGGAUAGAGGGCAAAUAUAUUUGGGGGAAAUUAUCCCCUGCUUUCCUUCCAGGUGAGUCCAGGUAGCUAUAAUGGGCUGUGAGAAUAAUCUUGAGGAUGAGCCUCAACCAAGGCAGAAGCCAGAUAAGAGAAAUCUGAGUCCAAAGCAGGAAUGGAAUUUGAGGAAGCAUCCCAGACUUUAUUCUCUCUAGUUCUCUUCAGGAUAAAAGGUACAGCGGAGGGGAGGAGUGAAGGCACAUUCAGAGUUGCAAGACUGAUCUUAGCUCUUUGAGGUAGACCUGACUAAAAUACCAAAGUCGUGAACACUGAAGCUACUUUUAUUUUAGCGUUACAGUAAUAGAAUCUUGCACCUCUGAUUGUGCCUUCUCUCUCCCCCCACCACCACCCCGCCAUUAUUCUUUAUUAACCAGGGAGGGUAGAGUCUGAGAUGCUUUCCCAAAUUCUAGUUUGGGCCUAUGUUUCUCGUAUCUGACCAUUACCUUGGCUGCAGCUGUUCUUCCUCUUCCUCAAGGAUAUUUUCACAGCCCAUUACAUCAGGGGAGGAGGGAUGCUAAAAUGGGGAAGCCUCAGAAAGAUCCACAGCAUUGGGGUGCUCAUUAUUGUUUUGAAGGGAUGUGUAUUGACCAUCUCUUUAGAGGGCUUUAGCCCAGUUGGGAGGGAAGAGCAAAACAGGGAUGGGGGACUUAUUCCUAGUGAGCUGUUGCACCAGGGGUCUAUAGUUAAGGGACGGGGAGAUUGCGGGGGAGGCUUCCACUAUCAUCCAUCCAUCCCUUCCCUAUGCUUUUCCUAAUUUGCAUUCUCUCUCUCUCUCUCUCUCUCUCUCUCUCUCUCUCUCUCUCUCUCUCUCUCUCUCUCCCUCCCUCUCUCUCUCCUAAAACCUGUAUUUAAGAUAUGGUAAUUUAAUCCAUCCAGACACCAUACUUCUCAUCGGGAUGGUUAACCGCUGAACCUUUUCAAUCAUCAGGGCUGUCUCCAGUCUAGUUCACAUAGAAGCCUCCAUACAUGAUUGCUUAUGACAGGGGUAUCAACCAGCCCUCAGGUUUCAGAAGCCAAUGAGACCUACAUGGUGGCAUGUUCCAAGAGCCCUGUCUAUGCAGGGCAUCUAUCAGCUGCCAUGCUCUCAGCAAUCACCAUGAUGGUCCAAAAUUACACAAACCCAAGAGUAAGAAAGAAAUCUAUUCAAAUGCCAUCUCUGAGCUCUGCGGUUUUCAGAAAACCACCCACAUGCUGGAUAUACCACAUUCUCUCACAAACCAAGCUCCUGAAGGCUGGAAGUUAUAGAUCAAUUGGCGGAAUUUAAUCAACUGCAAACAUGCUGCAUGUGAAAUCAUUCUAAUCAAUACAGGCUUGUACAAUAUGAUCUGGAGUGUUUGGUAUCAGGUAGUAGCUCUUAGCAUAAUAAACAACAUUGAUUCCGUGUGAGCUUGUUUCCAAAUAAAUAUGCAUUAUCAUUCAGAUUCUUUCUCUUCCACUUGCUCUUACAUUCUCUAAUUCAUUCUGUUAAUCUGAGCCCUACCACUGCCUUCUCCCCUUUCCUUAGCCCUGUUACCUUUUCUUAAAUUUAUUCACCGUUUACAUGGAUCUCCUCACUUACUCAUUUUAUCCUCUCUAGGCCAUCCCCUAAUUCUUGCUCCUCUUUUCUCCCUUUAAAACCUCUGGCCUCCAACUGCUCCACUUUCCAUACCAGCCAAAGCUUCCCCCUUCAGCCCAGACCCCUUCAUUCUCCCCCUCCCCACCCCCAGUGGCACUCUGACUAUAUAUUACUCAGUGUCUGUGUAUCUGAUUGUGCCGUAAUUGUGCGUUUUGGUUUGUCCGGCUCUUUGCCCCGGUCGAUAUUGUGUGAUUUUUUCUUCCAUCUUUAAAUGACAAAAAAAAACAAAAACACCAACCAACAAGAACAGCAACAAAACUUCAGAAAAAUAUGCAUUAUUCCCCCAAAAUGCCCCCUUAUCCCCUCAAAAUUAUAGAAAAAAUGGAUAAAAACCAAAUAAAAACAGAAAGAAAAUGAAUUUAAAAGUAAA